GCCACUAUCUCCCUGACAUGGAGAAGAGUUCAUAGUUGGCUCGUAAAGACCGUGUUCAAACCCCGACACCAAGCCACAGCAGGUGGAAGACGGAAGAGAGAAGAUGAAGCGCCGGAGAAACUCGGUGCUGGUUCUGCUGCUGGUUCUGAGCUGGGCUGCUGACUCUCUGUGUUGUGAGUCUCCCGGGAACAAAUGUGACUUUGUGUGCGACUGUUCCGACUGCAGUGAUGAGCAAAACUGUGGUUACGCCCAAAGACUGUUUGUGUGUGACUUUGAGGACGCGGGUCUGUGCGGGUGGAAGGAUCAGUCCCUCAGUGCAGCAGAGUACAGCUGGCAGAGACAACAGAGAGGAGACACGCUGCCCCACAGUGGACCGUCCUCUGACUACACCACCGGCACCGCCACAGGCUGGUUCAUGGGCGUCAGUGCAGUGAAAGCAGACUCGUCCAGGACGGCCGCUUUAGAUUCUCCAGAGAUGAGACAGUCGUCGCCGACCUGCCGUCUUCGCCUCAGAUACUUCCUGUGGGAUUCAGGUCACACAAACCUGGGCCCCGCGCCCCUGUGGGCGUCCGUGCUCCACCAGGAUUCCGGCGAGGCCGUCGUGUGGCGUCCCGAGGCCACGAGUGUCCGAGGCUGGAGGGAGGAAACCGUCUUCCUGGGACGCAUUCCCACGGCGUUCCGGAUUCGCCUCAACUCGCAGCGCUCCGCGGGGCAGAGAGGAGACGUCGCCGUGGACCAGCUGGAGUUUUUAGACUGCGCUCUGCCCUUGCCACAGGAGUGUCCGGCGACGAUGCUGCGGUGUAAGAACGAGGGCUGUGUGACGCAGCAGCAGGUGUGUGACGGCAGCGAUGACUGCGGUGAUGGGACUGAUGAGGAGAACUGUGAGAGCGAGGGAUACCAGCUGUGUGACUUUGAGAACGGCACCUGUGCCUGGGACCUGAGGUCCGUCUCCAGACUGAAGUGGGUUCGGACGAGUCAGGAGAACAUCUCCACCAGUGAUCCUCUGAAAGGACCAGGCCGAGAUCACUCCAGCAACAGUGCAGCAGGUCACUUCCUGUACGUCACUGUCCCCGAUGGUGGCCUCACAAAUGACUGGGCCUCGUUCCAAAGUCGUCUCCUCGAUCCCACCAACACUUCACAUCCGUGCAAGAUGGUGAUGUACACUCACCAGUUCGGGCCGAGGUCCGGCGGUCUCACCGUGCUGGUCGCUGAUAAAAACAUCUACCCGGUGUGGGAGAGGGGCGGAGCUCUGGGCGACGUGUGGGUGAAGGCAGAGGUGGAGAUCGUCACCAGCUCCCCUUUUCAGAUUUUACUAAUGGCUGCGAUCCGAAACUUUACAUAUGGAGGAAUCGCCAUCGACAGCAUCAUGUUGUCCCCCGGAUGCCGCGUAUCAUCUGAGAAUCAUACCUUUGCAAAUAUCCCCAAAUCUCCUAAAGACCCGUGUACGGAACCGGACAAGAUGUGCGACUUUAAACAGGACUGUCCCAAAGCAGAGGACGAGGCAAAAUGUGGGGAUUUCUCCUACACUGACGGCAGCUCAGGCUGGACUGACUCCAGUAUUGGGAGUCAAGGUUGGAAGCUUCAUGAAAACUCGACAUCCAAAGAGGAGUACCUGUAUGUGGUUCAGGCUCCAGGCCAGCAGCUGACUGAAGCCCAGACCCGGACCCCCCUCCUGGGACCCUCAGGCCCGGUCUGCUCCCUCAGCUUUGAUUUCACACUCACAGGGAAACCAGAUCACAUUGGAGAGCUGUCUGUCAGGGUGAUUGACAGCGUGCUGGGCUUGCAGCCUAAACUGUGGGAGUUCAGCGGGAAGACGGGAGCGGAGGAGGGGGCGUGGCGAAGCGUCAACCUGACCAUUGGAGCCAGGAAACAUCGCUUUCAGCUGGCGUUCGAGGCUCGUGCUCGGAAACUGUGUCCGUGCGCCAAGAUCAAAGUCCAAAACGUUGGCUUCAGCGACUGCUACAGUGGAUAUCUUCCCUCUGCUCCAACAGGUCUGUCAUGUAACUUUGAAGACGGGCUGUGUGGGUGGUAUCAGGACCAGAGCGACAACUUUGACUGGAGGGUGGCGAGUGGGACAGACCACACCAUCGGGGGCGGUAAAAGCCUCGUCGUGGACAUGUGGAAUCCGUCCCUCCGCGGUAUGUUCGGACGCUUAGUUUCGUUCCCGCAGUCUCCAGGUCCUUCAGGUUACUGCCUGACUUUCUUCUACAAACUCUACGGACCAAACACAGGAACUCUAAACGUGAAGCUUUCGGAUGGAACAGGUUAUGAGAUCAUCCUCUGGACGCGCAGUGGAGCUCACGGAAACAUGUGGCAUGAAGGUCACUGCCCAGUCCCGCACCAGCUCACCAGCUUUCAGCUGACGUUUGAGGCGGUUCGCUCCGGCUUUGACGGACAGGUGGCCAUCGACGAUGUGACGUUCGUGGAGCGCUCGUGCUCCGCGCCCAGGGCGUGUUCGUUUGAAGGUCACCGCUGUGGAUACACCAGCUCGGGUAGAAUUCAGUGGCUCCACCGCAGUGGCGGCAACAUCACGAGGCCUGGACCCAAAACGGACCACACUCUGGAGACACAGCUGGGUUUCUACAUGAUGGCAAACACCGGCGCGGACGUCCUUCCCUCUGGCAGCGCCACAGUCCUCACCUCGCCUGUGCGUCAAGGAACCACCAAGACGGAGUGUGUGCACUUCUGGUAUCACAUGGGAGGAAAGAAUCCUGGUUCUCUGACCGUGUACAUGAAGCCGGUGACUGGUCACAGGGUGAAGAUCUUCUCCGACACUCUGGAUCAGGGAGAUGUCUGGCGCCAUGGCAACGGAAACGUCACAAGUAACCUCGUGGACUGGCAGUUGGAGUUCGAGGUUGUCGGCGCCGGAGGCGGAGACUCUCACGUUGCAGUGGACGACGUCGUCUUCUCGGCGCACGCGUGUCAAAACCAAGGGUCGAGGUGUAACCUGGAGAGAGGGAUGUGCAGCUGGAGCAACACCCAGAACACGGAACUGGACAAGCUGGACUGGGAGCUGACCAGUUGGGAGACGGAGAAACACUACUCCGUUCCAGCAGAGGACCACAGUCUGGGCACAGAGAAAGGUCACUUCCUCUUCUUUCCCAGCACCAAUCGGACAGCAGACAAACAGAACGCUCAGCUGCUGAGCCCCCACCUGCCCUCAACCAAGGGCACCUGCAUGAAAUUCUGGGCCCACAUUCCGUCCUCGUCUGACAGUCUGCUGAGGGUGUGGAGGCUCUCCAAAGGUUUCCAUCAGCUGAUGGAGGUGAGAGAGGUGAUGGGACUGUGGAGACGCUUCCAAGUUGACAUCACGUCCACUGAGGAAUACCAGAUUGUGUUGGAAGGAAUCAAAGGCACGUCGGGACUCGUCGCUCUGGACGACAUCGAGUACACCGUCGGGAUCAACUGUGCCAACGAAGUCACAGACCCACAGACCUCAGUGAAACGAGACAACGUGGGAGGACUCGUGGCGUCCGUCAUCGUGGUCGUGCUGCUGAUCGGCACGUUGGUCGCGCUGCUCUUUUAUUACCUGCAAACUCGACAGAUGAUGGAGCCGAAGACUUCCUCGGUCUCGUCGCCGUCCUCUGCCGACGUCGGUUUCGCCAACACUACGUACGAACCAGAACCCGUGCAGGACCGUAUGAUGGUUCCACCGGCACAAAACCACCCGAUGGCUGCUGGGUUCAAUAACAUCACUUUCUCUGAUGAUGAUAUCAGAGAGGUGGAGGUGGCGUAAGGCGGGGGAGGGGGAGAGGGAGCCGAGGGUCCCGCCACCCGACGGUGGCUUUGUGAAAGCACAGCGACAUCACAGCAGAAGAACUGCUUGUGUCGCCAUUUUACACACACACACACACACUCACGCACGCACACGCACACACGCACACACACACUCAGACAUCAGUGACAAUGAGAGCUGCCGAGCCCACGAGGCUCGUCGUCUGUGGACGGACAUAGGAAGGAGGAGUCAUUAAAGUGAAACUUUCUUUAAAAUCAAAAUGAUUGUCGUCGCCCCCGAGGUUCUGCCAGGAAAACACGGGCUGAAUCGCGUCCGCCUGGUUUCAGAAGAACCUCUCGGGUCAGGCUCGUGAGCCGCUCGCACAUUUUUAACCGAAAUUUCGUGUCGCGCGAGGUAUCUGGAGACUGAGAAGCAUGAAGUUUGAAAGACGGGAGGUUCUCACCCAGAGUGGGGGGGAGUCAAGAGAUGGACACUGUCCAGUUGCAUGAUGGGAGAAGACGUGGUCAUGCACGUCUUUCAUGAAGGACCGAAGAAUAAAGCAGUGUACUGAAGAGGAAAGGCGACCACAUGUGCUGCUGCUGUAUGAUUGAAUUAUGAUUGAAGAAAUUAAAGUUGAGCAUUGAAA